AUGUCUCCACUAGCUGCCAUUUGGCAAUCGUAUCAUUCCAACGUCAAAAAGGAUAGUCCAGUUAGCCAUUCGGAAAAGAAUAGAGGCUCUCUUCCAAGUUUGAGUAUUGAUGAAGUUGUUGUUCGGGUAUCAUCAGUGGAAAAUGGCCAUAGUCUCACUUGUCAAUCAGCCAUUUUGUUGAACGAAUUGAUUGCCCACACCCCCAAACCACAAACAAGUGAUGUUGUCGAAAUGUCUCAGGUAAGACCAGUCAGUGUAAUCUUUGGAACCAAGGACAACGUCAGCAUAGGAUUUCCCAAUCCCCACCACUCCCAAUCGAGCACAAGUUUCCCAAACAGUGUGAGUGGAUUCAAGUCGUAUACUGAGGAUAGAGACAAAAGCAAACGCGAAGUAGCAGAGUCACCAAGUAAUCCCUCAAGCUCGCAGUCAUUGGCAUCUGCCAACACUGUUGUUUCCUCGUUGCCAGUCUCACAAAUGUACCAAAAUCCACACAAGGCACUUGAACAGUCACAAUUGAGUCAAAUUGGUGUUGCUAGUGACUUGUACUCGUUGGUUGAGCAAGACUUGAGGUAUACACCUGCAUUGUACCGAGUGUCGCCUUUUGAAAUGGAUGUGGAUGCCGACAUGGAAGAGUCUCACGAAACUGGACUCUACUCAAUAUGUCCAAAGGAAUUGCAAUCAAACAGUUUGACCUGCCAUCAGCCCGCACCAAUACACCUCAAACUCAAGCGAGGAUUACUUGAUAACAUUCAAAAUGUGUUUAAUCAAACUAUUGAUGAUGACAAUGAGGGUGUUUUGGACUUAACUCAACAAGAAGGCUCAACUAUUCGUGACUGUGUCAUGGCGAUGUCAGCUCCUCCAUCAACUUCACCAAGACACUACUCCUUAUCAAGAUUGUCUACGCCGCAGUUGAACAAGUUGUCAAUGUUUAAAUUUGCAACAACUCCAGCCCCUCCGAAUACGUUUGAGACUCCUGUUGCACCUAAAACUACACCAGUAUCACAUGCUGACGUGUCUUCUGGUGACAGUCCUUUAGCUCAACCCGAGGACAGCGAUUAUUCUGAUGAAGCUGAUGUUGGCAAGGCCAUCUCCACUAGUGAACUUACCGCACCCAUAAAGUGGACAGACUCUUCUCAGUUUUAUAAUGGCGCCACUUUGGGUGUUGAAGCUUCGAGAUUGGAGGAUUAUAAGAAAGCAUUCUUUGACCAGUACACUAAAUCAUCCAUUUGCAAGAUCAAGAUGACUGAGUCUGACAAAAAGUAUUUAUCCAAAGACGAAUCAAAGGGAAACUACUACACCAUGAUUAACAAUUUGGAUAUCUUCACAUGCACUAAAUUUGCAACCACAAGAAAGUUCAAGUGUCCCGUGAAGGAGUGCCCUAUGCAUUUCCUAGGAAUUAAAAAGAGAGCUGAAUUGAAACAUCAUGUGCAUUACGAGCAUUUGAAGAAUGGAUUUGUCAAAUAUAGUUGUCAUCAAUAUGAAAAUGAAAUCAAGAGUAUUUUGUUUAUUUGCAGUAGGGAAGGUUGCGGUAAGGCUUUUUAUCGCUGUGAUUCAUUGAACAGACAUCUCAAUUUAGUUCAUGGUAAUUGUCCUGCCAAAGGUGUCAAGAGAAAGGUGGUUAUUGUUGAUAAAGAUGAAAUUGAGAAUGCUGAUGUUGCUAAUAAGGUGGCAAGUUAUGAGGUGGGUAGCGAUUUAGAUAGUCAGGCGAUUGCUGAGGGUGAAGUUUGCUCACGCGUGAGUAAAAGAAGCAGAUUGUCCAACUAA